GAAAUCUGUUGGGCUUUGCCUGCGCAGGUUCGAAUCCUGCUGUCGACGUUGUUGGUUUUCCGUUUUUCCAUUUUUGGUAGCGUUGUUUUCCCGUUCAGAAUCUUCAGAUAUCUCUGUUUCAAGUCUCAACUAACAGAACGAAACAGCGCGCGGUUUCCAAUCCAUUUCCCCAAGUUCUCUUCAACUGAAGCUUCUUUUCUUCUACUUCUCUCUUUUUCACUUUCAGAGAUCUACAGUGUCUCUCUGAACCCUAGAAACCCUUUCAUUCCCUCAUGGCGAUGAACACACCAAAUUUCGAGUGUCGUAUGUACGAAGCUAAAUAUCCUGAAGUAGACAUGGCAGUGAUGAUUCAAGUGAAGAACAUCGCUGAUAUGGGUGCCUAUGUUUCGCUUCUUGAGUACAACAGCAUUGAGGGAAUGAUACUCUUCUCUGAGCUUUCUCGUCGUCGGAUUCGGAGUGUGAGCAGUCUGAUUAAGGUGGGAAGAAUAGAGCCAGUGAUGGUUCUUAGGGUGGAUAAGGAGAAAGGUUAUAUUGAUCUCAGCAAGAGACGGGUUUCGGAUGAUGAAAUUAAUACUUGUGAGGAGAGGUAUAACAAGAGUAAGCUUGUCCAUUCGAUCAUGCGCCAUGUCGCUGAGACCAUGCAACUUGAUUUAGAGGAUCUAUAUAUCCAUGUUGGUUGGCCUUUGUACCGCAAAUAUGGACACGCUUUUGAGGCAUUCAAGUUAAUUGUGACUGAUCCUGAUUCAGUUCUAAAUUCCUUCACACGUGAAAUUAAGGAAGUUGGGCCCGAUGGUCAGGAGGUCACUAAGGUAGUGCCAGCUAUGUCAAAAGAGGUGAAAGAGUCUUUGAUAAAAAACAUUAGGAGGCGGAUGACUGCACAACCACUGAAGAUUCGUGCAGACAUUGAAAUGAAGUGUUUUCAGUUUGAUGGGGUUCUUCACAUAAAGGAAGCUAUGCGGAAGGCUGAAGUUGCUGGCAAUAAUGAUUGCCCAGUGAAGAUUAAACUGGUUGCUCCUCCCCUCUAUGUUCUUACCACUCAAACUCUGGACAAGGAGCAAGGGAUAUAUGUUCUUAAUAAUGCAAUCAAGGCCUGCACCGAAUCAAUAGAGAGUCAAAAGGGAAAACUUACAGUAAAGGAGGCACCAAGAUCUGUGAGUGAACGGGAAGAUAAACUACUUCUUGAAAACAUGCCGAAUCCGAUUGAUGAGGUUAACGGUGAUGAAUACAGUGAAGAAGAGGAAGAUACAGGAAUGGGAGAAAUUGAUCUCGAAAAUACAGCCACUGGAAUAACAGACUAAAGGCAGAGCUAUUUGAUUGAUAUUGGAACUUAUAUUUUUUUAUGGCCAUUAUUGAGAGUAAUUGUACUUACACAGAAAAAAAAAAAGAAAGGAAGAAGCAGCCCCAGUGCACAAGGCUCCCUCUACGGUAGGGUCUGGGAGGGGUAAAUAUACGCAAUUUUACCCCUUGCUUGACAGACGAGGUUGUUUCCAAGUUUCAUACCUUUGACCAACAUAUUGCAA